GCUACCUGUUGUCCUGUUGUCUGAGCCACUAUUUCAUCUUACACUUCCAUUAUCUUUCGCUGUUUGUUCUGGUUAACUGGUUGGAGUGUUUGUCAUGGCUAAUAUACUACGACUAAAACGGGCCCUAUACGUUCCCAGGUCUCACUCCUGUCCGGACGGUAUACGUGUAGACGACCUAGGAGAUUUCAAACUUGAGCUGGUCCGACGACACAACCCCCAUGCUCGCCGUGUAUGUCAUAUCAAGGGACUGAAUGAUGUGCCAGUGUGCGUUGUUAGAGAUGAACUCAACGCUGAGUGGGAAAACAGGUUUAUUGUGUCCCCUGGAUCACUCGCACCAGCAUUCUCAAAACCGAAGAAGAAGCCAUUCGACAAAAACAAUGACUAUGGAUAUCUGACAGAAAAUCACAGCACCGACUUUAAGGAGCACAAUACUCCCCGCCCUGUAACGAUAUGCGAGGUGUACGAGUUGUCGGAUCUGGUAAAGACAUCAGUGCUAGAUAUUAUGAAGUCAGUACGAAGUGGUAAACCUGAUCUUGACAGCUCUACAGACCCAACCAGACCCAAAUCUGCUCCUUUAUCAACAGCAAAGAUCACUCCAUUCGAUAAAUAUCGUUCAAGGACGUCAUCGAGAGUGAGUGUGCCUAAAAUGUCACUCAUACCGGGGGAGAAUGGUUAUGAGAACGAUCUGAACGACGAACUGGAUAGUAUUCAGGCUCUCGAUAUACUCUGCAGUAUUUUACAAACGAAUUCGUUGCAAACUGUCCAGGCGUGGAUAGAACAGGCAACUGAUGAAGAAAGAACAGUGGUAUUGAAGGCUUUGCGUGACAUGAAAGAAAAGGGACUGUUAGCCAAACCAAGCUCUGUUUAUCAGAAUCAUCUUGCAGUUUUGCCUGAGGACAAAGUCUCCGUCUCCUACGAGAGAAAGUGGAACCAAGUCAAGUCAAUCGAAGAUUCGGGAGAAAGACUUAUACCAGACCCAGCACCAAUAGAAGUGCCCAAACCCCCACCCGUAGCAAGGACCCCUACUAUUGGCACACAGACUCCUGUAUCAGUUCUGAGCAAACCGAAGAAACAAGUUGGAGAAAGACCACCGACCAGAAUUCAGAUGUCUGGUCUCAGUAGGCCGACCAGUCAGAUGGCACAAAGUCCCCUUGGACGACCUUCUACCAUGAGAAGUGUCCGAGAAAAAUUUUAUCACAUCAAUGGUUUCGUUGAACGAUAUUGAAUCAUGAGUGGACGAAGUACAGCGACCCCGGCAAAGGAUCCCGGAUUCUCCUGGACUGUUAAACACCGUGACAGUGUGGCCCAUGACGUCAUUUCUAAAGCAUGACGUCAUUUCUAAAGCAUGACGUCACUUGAUGGCGUCACUUCUAAGGCUUAAAACUUCUCUUGGGCGGGACCACCAUUUUACCAUUUAGUUGAAAACAUUUUAAGUUAUGUACUUGUAGUCUUAGCUGUACAGAAA